GACCCGUGGGCCGUGGGUCUAACCCUCGCCCACUCUUCUCCCCAUUCUGCCGCCGUCGACCUGACACAGCAAACCGGGCCCUCCUUCCACCGAGGCCUUCUCUCGCCGAGAGGUGUCGCUGACCUCCUCCUCCUCGCCCUCUGCUGGGAGUGGAGACCCAUCAAUCCGAACUCGGAUUGGUUUCUUCUUUUGUUGUCGGUUGUGGAUGAUUUGUGCGCUGCGUGGUGCGCUACUAAUCCGACCCCAUCCGCCCGUAGUUAAUCCAGCCUUGGAGGUUAUGACGUAGAGUAUGGGGCUGUUUGGCAGGGCUCCAUCUUCCACAAAUUUAUAGAUCCACAGUGGAGCAGAUCCAUAAGCGGACCGAUGGCAAAAACGGGUAAUAUCCCCUCAACUCGGUGGGCUGAUUGGUUUCCAUAGGGCGGAUCCACAUUUGGAUCAACGUUUUGACCGCUCCACAUAAUUGCACAGGGAAGUGGGGAGAUCCAUCUAUCGGGUUGCUCUACAAAAUCAUGGAGUCGCCCUGUUUGGCAAGGCUUCGCCCAGAUCCAUCGUGGAUCCUGGAUCUGGAGCCCUGCUAAACACCCCCUAUAUGCCUUUUGGAGCAAUAGUUCUGAACCAUUUGCUACUGAACAUGCAAUUAACCUAGUCUGUAUUGAUGAUGUAUCAUUACCGUAAUGAAGUCCGAUUAUCUUGCUAUCAUAAUAAACAAUUUCAAUAACAAAUUGUGUCUUUGAAUACAUUUUUAUAGAAGAAUGCUCUUGUUCUAUUUAUCACUGAACUUAGCUAUGCUCGAUACACUUUUGUCAUGAUAAUAACAUAUAACUAACUAGUAACAAUUUGUUAGGGCCACUCCUCUCUGUUUAGUGGUUACGGCGCAUACCAUGAAGCAUAAGUCCACUAUCAUGCCAUCGGAGGAGGAAGUGGAGUUAGAAGAAGAAAAGGAUUUGUUAGUUAAGCACAAAAGGGCUAAAUUUUCAGGGUCCAUUGUUCAGCCACAACAGGGAAUUGAAGUCUCUGACACAGAGAGCAAAGUGCCUGAUGUUCUAUCGCUCAAAGUUUCUGCUGGCAAGGAUCCCAGGGAUGGUCUCACUGAUUGUGCAGUGCAGAUCUCUGGUGAAGCAAAUGGUUGCAGUAAGGGACAUGUUCAGCAUGUUACUGGUAUCUCUUUUACAGGCAAUGAAUCAGCAAGGUCGAGACUGCCAAAAAUCUGCACUGCAAUUGGCUGGAAAGAACCAUCAUAUGAAUUUGAAGAACAAGGACCUCCCCAUAACAAACUAUUCACAUGCAAGAUAACUGUCCAUGUGGAUGGAAUCGUCAACACUGUUAUGGAGUGCUUCGGUGAUCCCAAGCGUCAGAAGAAAGCUGCGCAAGAACAUGCCGCUCAAGGGGCAUUGUGGUGCCUUGAGCGCUAUGGACAUGCCAAGUAAUCUUCAGAUGCGUCCCAAGUAGCGCGUUUAUCUACAGUUUUGCUGCUUUGAUCAACCCUUGUUUCCGUUGCCAUUUGUACAAAUGCCCCUCAACCUAGGGUCAGAUAGUGUACUCCUUUGGUCAGUGAUGCUUAUCUGUGUCUGAACUUAUUGUUUUUUUUUGCGAGGGGAAAGGGAAUAUAUUAAUUUGGAACACAAUA